AUCAAAAAUCGCGAAAAUUCUAAUUGGAAUUUCGAGUUCUGGUCGCAGUGUUUGUUCUGGUCGGUCAGUCGGCUUCAUCAGCAAGCGAAAAAAAGGGAUUAAAGUAUCGGGAGAAAGGCUAAUUUGUAUUGAAACUAGUCCAAUCAAGUUGGGUUUCAAGAACGUUGCGAAUCUUGCGGUUGUCGGUCAGUACUGCGCGUAGUGUGAGAUUGUAUUGAUCCGUUCUGGCCAUUCCUCUUCUAGCCUAAACAAAACUAGCUUCGAUUACGAUGAGUAAAAUGACUAAGAACAAAUUAAACCUAACGUUGCCGCCGGGUUCGGUGGAUGUUACGGCCAGUCAGCAAACGACUCCAACGCCCUCCUUCAAGACCCCAUCCGGGACGGAAUAUGUCAUCGGGAAGCACAACCUGCUGGGGAAGCCGAAGAAUAGUAUCGAUGCCCUGACGGAAACGCUGGAAGAGCUGGAAAUCGACGAGAAUGCCCGGAAGCGGAUAAAGGUCUUCCUGAGUCAGAAGGAGAAGAUCGGGGAACUGAGCGAUGAAGAUUUGGAGAAGCUGGGCGAAUUGGGUUCCGGAAACGGCGGGGUAGUUAUGAAGGUACGACACAUUCCGACCGAGUUGAUAAUGGCUCGAAAGCUGAUCCACUUGGAGGUCAAGCCGGCCAUCAAGAAGCAGAUUAUCCGGGAGUUGAAGGUGCUGCAUGAUUGCAACUUCCCGCACAUUGUCGGAUUCUACGGGGCAUUCUACAGCGAUGGGGAGAUCAGCAUUUGCAUGGAGUACAUGGACGGGGGGUCGUUGGAUUUGAUCCUGAAACGGGCCGGGCGCAUUCCGGAACCGAUUCUCGCUAAAAUUACCUGCGCCGUACUGAAGGGACUGAGCUAUUUGCGGGAUAAGCAUGCCAUCAUGCAUCGGGACGUGAAACCGAGCAAUAUCCUGGUGAAUAGUAGCGGAGAGAUUAAGAUCUGUGAUUUCGGAGUGUCCGGGCAGCUGAUCGAUUCGAUGGCGAACUCGUUCGUGGGCACCAGGAGCUACAUGUCGCCGGAACGCCUGCAGGGCACCCACUACUCGGUCCAGUCGGACAUUUGGUCGCUCGGUUUGUCGCUGGUCGAAAUGGCCAUCGGAAUGUACCCGAUCCCGCCUCCGGAUGCCAAAAUGUUGGACUACAUCUUCCAGGACAAAGGCGACGAUAGUUCACCCGGCCAGAACAUCAUCGAACCGAAACCGAUGGCCAUCUUCGAGCUGCUGGACUACAUCGUCAACGAACCACCGCCCAAGCUGGAGCACCACUCAUUCACCGAUCGGUUUAAGGACUUUGUCGAUCGGUGCCUGAAGAAGAACCCCGAGGAACGGGCCGAUCUCAAGACGCUAAUCAACCACGACUGGAUCAAGAAUAUCGAACAGGAGGACGUGGACAUUGCCGGCUGGGUGUGCAAAACUAUGGAUCUGCUCCCAUCUACGCCGAAGCGCAACGCGUCGCCUAAUUAAACCGAACGGAAGCAGUUUUAAUAAGCAUGAAAGUGAAACGUCUCUAUGAAUGUUUAAACAAAGGUCUUAACUAUGCGCGUAGACUUAUAGCCGCAUAGCAUGCGAGUAGGUUAGGUGCGCGGAAUUCCGGCAUCGUUCCGUGUUUGUAGUUUUAUUUUUAGUAAUGCAUAGGAAGUUUUAUUUUAAUUGUGUACAGUAUAACGCUUUUUAUUGUCUCAAUCGAUAUAGCAUGCAAUAGGGGCAUCUACUUCAGUGUACGAGUUUUACAGUGAUGCAUUAAAUGCUAUCGAAAAGUAUGAUUCAACACAAUGAAUAAAAUACAUUUACUGAACAUAUGUGUCAUUAUAGUAAAUAUUAAUGGGUAUCUGAACAUAUUGAUCCAUGUACAACAAUAUUAAAUCGAGAUGCAAGAGAAAGGAAGAAUGACAACACUUACCGGAAGGAAAACGCAUUCCCUCUAUUCUUAAAUACUCUUUCAAUGUAGUUGCAGAAUUAACCUAACAGGAAUGUAUUCUACGACUUUUAGUUAGUAUUUGGAAAUGCAUCUACAAAUACACAGAAUCAACUUCACUAUCUAACUAUACUGCACCGUGAAGAGAAAAAAAUGAUCCCACUUUGAUGAAUCAUAUUGAACAAACUACAAGCUUAAAACGUGUCGCUGACAACACUGAUGACUAUACAGGCGAAAAUUCGAAAACAAAAAGUUUCAACCAUUUACAUUACAUGCAGGACAAAUGUAUUGGAAAUAUUUUAAACUCGAA